UUUUGAGCUUUGUCUUGUUAAAGGUUCUAGUUCUUGAGUCUUUGAUUUUGAGUCCCUUUUACCUCCUCUGUAUUGGCUUCACUUUCAGUUCAAUUGUCUCUCCGUUACCACUGCAACAAAAAGCUUUGAUGAGAGCAGAAGUCCAAACCAAUCUUUGUCAUCCAAAUUUUCGACCAUCAUUGAAGAGAGAGAAAUAGAACACCAGAUCUUUAUUUGGAAUGAUCAAAUCUGUCCUCACAUUGCCAUGCUAAUGCUUCCUGAAAUCUAACCAGGGCGGAGGUUAAUAGUUGUGAGCAGCCAUUCCCAGUAAUUUCAACAUAAAGCUUGUACAGAGGAACCUUUCUAUUGAUUUCAACAUGGCUGAGGAAGGGCAUGAACAGCGUCGUAGAUUGGUGUUAGUAGCAGCUCCAUUCCAAGGCCACAUCAAUCCAUUGCUUCAGCUGAGUGCUGUCCUUCAUUCUAAAGGAUUUUCCAUCACCAUUGUUCACACCCGAUUCAAUUCUCCUGACCCUUCCAACUAUCCUGAUUUUAACUUCCUGUUCAUUCAGGAUGGCUUAUCUGACCAUGACAUCGCUUCUCUUGACCUAACUGCCUUUGUUUUGGUUCUCAACGACAAAUGCCAAUUACCUUUCCAAGAAUGCCUGGCCAAGCUAGUGAAGGAACAGGAGACACGUGAUGAUCAAAUUGCCUGUGUCAUUUAUGAUGAACUUUCAUACUUCUCUGAAGCCACGGCUCAUAAUCUCAAGCUUCCAAGCCUUAUAUUUCGCACUAGCAAUGCUAACACUUUUCUCGCUCGCAGUGUUCUUACCGAAAUGUAUUUGCUGGGUCGCAUCCCCUUGGCAGAUCCUUUGUCCCAGAAAGCAGUGCUGGAGCAUCCUCCCCUCAGACAGCGAGAUUUGCCCAUCUCCAGUUUUGGACCAGUGAAAAAUUUCUUUAAAUUAAUAGGUAAUGCACGAGAUGUAAGAAGGUCUUCAGCAAUCGUUUACAAUACAAUGGACUGCCUUGAAGGGUCAUCGUUAGCAAAGCUUCAACAACACUGCCAUGUUCCAAUCUUUGCAAUAGGACCGAUUCACAAGAUUGUUCCUGCACCAUCCUGUAGCUUACUUGAAGAGGACACUAACUGCAUGUCAUGGCUUGACAGGCAAGCUCCGAGCUCGGUCAUGUAUGUAAGUAUAGGAAGUUUAGCUUCCAUGAAUGAGAAAGACAUACUAGAAAUGGCUUGGGGUUUGGCAAAUAGCAAACAACCCUUCUUGUGGGUGGUUCGACCUGGCUCAGUACAUGGUUCAGAACGGGCUGAGUCAUUGCCUGAGGGAUUCAGAGAAAUUGCUGGAGAGAAGGGUCGAGUUGUGAAAUGGGCACCGCAAAAAGAAGUUUUGGCACAUAAUGCAGUAGGAGGGUUUUGGAGCCACUGUGGUUGGAACUCAUUGCUUGAAAGUAUAUCUGAAGGGGUUCCGAUGAUAUGCAGACCAAGCUUUGGGGAUCAGAAGGUUACAGCUAGGUAUGUAAGUCAAGUAUGGAGAGUUGGUCUGCAUUUGGAGGAUGAAUUGGAGAGGGGAGAAAUAGAAGGUGUUAUUACAAGGCUGAUGGUUGAUAAAGAGGGGGAUGAGAUGAGGCAGAGGGCAAUGGACUUGAAGGAGAAAGCAGAACUUUGCAUCAGAACUGGUGGUUCUUCCUAUAAUUCCUUGAACAAGUUGGUGGAAUUAAUCAAAUCGUUUUAACUGUACAAACGAUUUGUUUAUCUAAUUAAUCUCACAGCUGAUAGCCUAAUAAUAACCAACCUAGCCAUAUCUUCUUGAUUGAUAAAAAGUUGUGGGAACUACUGAUAGCAGUUUAUGAGA